CUACUUUUAGUACCUUGAUAAAGCUGGGAUCGAUAUGUGCCUCUUCUGUGAAGCGAUUAGUACAGGUGAAGCAUUGGACAGCUACAAAUUGCAAUUAUUUAAUAUACUUUUCCUUAUUGCCAGUAGGAUUAACCAGUAGGUUAAGUCCACUGUUGGACUUAAAGGAAGCAUAAGGUAAGCGAGCUUUACGGAUCGACGUUCCCCGGCAACUGCGCGUUUGUUGUAAGGAAUGGACAUGUGUGAAAAGGAACACCGGAAAAUCGACGUCCUUCGUCGGAACUUUGGAAUUAAGAGGACCAUCGAUAUCACUCAGCUGUAUCUAGCAAAUCAAAAAAUGGUUAUGAUCCCGAAUCUGUCAAAAUUCCGAAUGCUUCGAUACCUAUGGCUGAAUAACAACACGAUAACAAAGAUCUCCUCCCUGCCUACCAGCUGCUGCUUGACCAAACUUUAUCUUCAAAAUAAUAAAAUCACCUCAAUUUCAGGGGCCCUCAGUUACCUGAGCUGCCUGCAGGUUCUGCUCCUACACAACAACCAGCUGGAGAAUCUGGAGGCGUCGGUGGCCGAACUGAGGCGAGCUCAGCAGCUCCACACUCUCAGUUUUUUCCUGAACCCUUUCACAGAAAACCCUCAGUAUCGAAGCUAUGUGGCUCAUCACUUGCCAUCUGUGCUCAUAUUGGAUAGAAGAGCAUUCCAGAUGUUCAGCCCAGAGAGACACAGAGUCCAGCAGACUGUGGCGUUUGGGCGCCGAGCAGAGUUUGGUCCAAUAGCGGGAAAUAGGGUUGAGAGCUGAUUCGUCCUGAGCCGCACUUGGCCAGACUGUGAAUGCUUCAGUGCAGAGAUCCAAAAUACUAUUCUCCACUGACUGGACCAUCAUCCCUUCAGGCCGGUACAGACACAGCAGAAGAGCAGAACCAAAAAUAAUCACCAUCAAGUUCAGAUGAUUUGUGUAGGCCAAACACCUUGAGAUUGGCAAAUACCCCAAUCUACUUUAGUUCAGGCAUGUCUUACACAAGACAAAUAAUCUGAAGUAAUAUUAAACUAAUCAUUCUCAUUAUUUGAAUGAGUUGCAAAUACUACUAAUUAAAUGAUUUUUUUUUUUUGCUGAUUAUUAUCCUUAUGAACAGAUAAGGUAACAGUGGGAUGACAUUUAUGUCGCCACUGUAACAACUAACACUAAUUCAGAGUUAAAUAUUGAUAAGAUGUAUCGGUUUUCCAUACAGCUUCACUCUCGCUUCCCAUGUUAAUACAUUAUACAUCUCAAAAUGAAAACAGCAGCACUUGGGAGCAUAAACCACCAUUUAUUGGCACAGAGGCAUAACUGUGAUUUGCUGUAUGAAUCGUGCAUGAGACGCAUUAGGAACUUGCCAACCAAAGCAAUGGAUGAAUAAUAUAGGAUUUCACGCCACAUCAUUUUAAGGCCGCAUGUGAUUGUAACAACCCAUGGAAAUACCCCGGGACCAUCAAGAAUAUGGAAAAAGCACAAAAUAAAAUGUGCAUGUGCUUGUA